GCCAGGCGGAUCCCACAAAGGGCUCAGCGGAGCGGCCUCGCUGCGCUCCCCGCCGGCCGCACGGCCAUGGCCGGCAUCAGCUCCAUCGACGCCGUCAAGAAGAAGAUCCAGAGCCUGCAGCAGGUGGCCGACGAGGCGGAGGAACGCGCCGAGCACCUGCAGCGGGAGGCCGAUGCCGAGCGGCAGGCCCGGGAGCGGGCUGAGGCUGAGGUGGCUUCUCUGAACCGCCGCAUCCAGCUGGUGGAGGAGGAGCUGGACCGGGCCCAGGAGCGCCUGGCCACCGCCCUGCAGAAGCUGGAAGAGGCUGAGAAGGCGGCAGAUGAGAGCGAGAGAGGCAUGAAGGUCAUUGAAAACAGGGCCAUGAAGGAUGAGGAGAAAAUGGAACUCCAGGAAAUGCAGCUGAAGGAGGCCAAGCACAUAGCGGAAGAGGCCGACCGCAAAUAUGAGGAGGUGGCCCGCAAGCUGGUGGUCCUUGAGGGAGAGCUGGAGCGCUCGGAGGAGCGGGCAGAGGUGGCGGAGAGUAAAUGUGGUGACCUAGAGGAGGAGCUGAAAAUUGUCACCAACAACUUGAAGUCUCUGGAGGCCCAGGCUGACAAGUAUUCCACCAAGGAGGACAAGUAUGAGGAGGAAAUCAAGCUUCUAGGGGAGAAACUGAAGGAGGCUGAGACCAGGGCAGAAUUUGCUGAGCGGUCUGUGGCAAAGCUGGAGAAAACCAUUGAUGACUUAGAAGAGCGCUCCCGGCAGGAGGCCGAGAAAAACCGGGUUCUCACUAACGAGCUGCGGGUCAUCCUUACCGAACUUAACAACUGAGCUGCGACAGCUCCUGCCCCAGCCCCUGGGAUGCCCCCAGCCCCAGCUGUUUCCCACCCCAUUUUGACCAGGCUGGCUUGAGGCUGUGAGCCCUGCCCGCUCCCCCCUUGGGUGACUGCCCUGCUCAGUGGUAUGGGAAAGCCCUGUGGAGCUGAUGGGAUUAUCCUGGGGGAGGGAUGAGAGCUUUCGCCAUGCCCCAGAAUGUCCAUCAGAUGGUGGCUGUCCCCUGGCAUCAGCCUGGCCCCACUGGGGAGGGACACAGUGCCUUGUGUAUCUGCCUUCCUCCCCUUCCCCAGGCAGCCAACUCUUUCCUAUCCCUCUGGUCACUCGAAACUGAGCAGGGGGAUCCCUCACAGCAGGAUGCCCUUGCAGCAGAGUGGGCAGAACCCUUGCCCCAUCCCCACCUCUCACGGAAGGAGGAUACCAUCUGCAAGCGAGCGUUGAAGGAGGCUGCCCCAGCAGUGAGCUCAUCCCUGCAGCCUCAUUAGUUCUGCUCCUUCUCUGCUGUCUUCUCCGCCUGACUUUCUGGGCUGCUGUCUCACUCCUCUUCUUCACGGAGCACGUGGCUCGUGCAGCAGGCGCUGGCUCUCCUCUUUUGCAGCCAAGGGUUUGUGCACGUGCCCAUUGUGGCUGGUGGUGAUGGCAGGAUGGGGAGAUGGGGAUGUGAUGAUGGCUGGCUGGAGUAGUACCUGUCAGCAGUGCCCAUGCCACAGAAGGGCUGUCCAUGGGCAACUGGGCACUGUGGGAGGAUGGAGAAGAUAAAGAGCAGGGACCACCUGUCCCUGGGGGUCCCAGACGGUCUGGGCACAUCCCUGCUGGCACCACACUGAGAUGUCUUCUGUGUGCGUGUGUUUGUGCUUGGUGUGGUGUGCGUGGGUCUGGCUGUGCCUGGAUAUGCUUGUGCUGUGUCUGCGUGUGCAUCUUGCUGUGUGGCUGGGUGUCCCUUGUG